GAACGAGAACGAUCGCAGGAGCGGCUGCGGCCGGUGCUUCCUGGUGUCGCUCAGCGUUACCGAAAGCAGCGCCAACAACAAGAACGCCAGCAACAGCAAACAGGCAAAGCAAAGGUGAAGCCAUCCUCCGCUUCUAGCUCCUCUCGCAGUAGCUGCAACGCAGCUGCUAAACGGUCAAUGCCAGUAGUCAAGCCCCCAGCAUUGAUCAAGGCGUCUUCUGGUAGUAGCAGUAGUAGCCGUAGAAACUCGGCCAAUGGGCGUAAAAGUGGAGCACAGAGACAGCCAAGGAGUAAGUCCUCCUCAUCUCUGAAACAGUCCGCAAAUUCUUCAGCCUCCAAAUCAUCAACGAAUGCAGCAAAGCCGUGCGGUGCUGAAGAUCUGAGUCUAGGGCUAGAGGGCAACCUUGUGGAUUUCAGUGCUGAUUCGCUUGCGCCACCUCGGCGAGCGCCUCCGAGUGUAGUUGUUGACG